AUGAGUUACAACGAAAUGACGUGUUUUUCUAUAAUUUUGUUUUGUCUAUAUUUUAUUGGAUCAGUAUCUGGCAUUCCAACUAAUGAUAGUAUUAUAAGACAUUUGUCUCAGACAAGACGCAUCAUCCGUGGUAGUGAAGUUGGAGACACCAGGCCCUAUAUGGUGUAUCUUCGCCCAGCAACCACGGAAGCGAAGGUAGACGUCAACUGGCUCUGCGGCGGAGUUAUAGUCCAUGUACAGUACAUUUUAACGUCUGCCGCUUGUAUAGAGGACGUUAAGCACUUUUACGUGGUAUCCGGGACUCACAGGUUUCUGAUCGAUCCCACUUACCCACUUCCAUUGACUAACAAGCCUGUCUCGAAUGGAGGUGGAUUCCGACAGAUAUUAACGACGAAUGCAUUAGAAAUGGUGCCAAAAAAAGCAGUCUGGAAGUGUGUUCCACAGAAUUACGUGUUCGAUGGCAACGAAUUCUACAACAUCCGCUGGAUGAUCAACGACAUAGCGGUGGUCCGAGUAGAAGAUAACUUCAACUUUGAGAGGAGAAUUCGUGGCUGCGACUUCGUCCCCCAGAAGAUAGCAUACAAUAACCAGUCGGAAAAUCUCGAGAGCCCAGGAACUGUUGCUUCUAUCGCUGGCUGGGGAUCCACUGGUAACUUUGGCGAUGUGUACGGCCGAACGUCUGAAAACUCUCCGGAUCUAUUAGAAACUGAUGUAAUGUUGAUAUCGAAGAAGAACUGCAAGAGUCGUUGGCCGGAGCGGUACCACCACAUCAUUGAUGGUAACAUGGUGUGCGCUAAAGACAGUACCGAUGAUGAUAUGAGCGAUUUAUGUAAGGAACAAGAAAUAAGUUGCAAGGAACUUGUGUAUUCUGACGAAGCAGAGGAAACACGACGUUUUGUCAUCGAACCUGAGUUAUUGACCGUCCAUUCGUCACGGCAUAACGCUACACGAAGAUCGAAAGUUAUAUCAGGAGGGUUCUGCGAGAAUGAUCACGGUGGCCCACUAGUGGUGGGGUACGGUACAGGAUCUGUGAUAGUGGGAAUUAUCUCAGCCUGUCAGACAGCCAACAUAACUCAAAAGUGCUAUGGGCCAUACUUGUACACCAGUGUAUGGAAGAACAGGCAUCUCAUUGGCUGUGCUAUUAAUAAGGACAUGGGAGCAUCCUGUAAGAGAUUGUUGAGAACAACAAAGACCCGAAUGUUGGAGACCAUGUUCAACUGGCUGAGCCAUCCUGAUGGAAAAGCAAAAAGUGAAGUAAAGAACUCGGGAAGACAACACACAGAUGACAAGCAGAAACAAAAUGCAACUAUUAAGAAAAGGAUAAUAAAAAGGGCAACGCGAAAAGUAUUUUAA